AUGUUCUCCCUACACGCAAUUCGCUCCCGCCUUCCACGGCGAUGCAUCGCCGCAACCUCCGUCCGGACAUACGCCAGCCAGACGCCCGGCAACCCCAUGCUGGAGGUUUUCAACCGCAAGACAAAGCAUUUACAGAAGGACCGGGCCGCCCAGAAUGUCGAGGAGAGCCGGAAGGUCGAUUACUUGAAGGAUGAGGUGGCAUUGCGGCUAUGUGAGCGUUUGCUGGACAUCAAACGCGACUUUCCGAAUGUGCUCGACCUGGGCGCAAACAGCUGCAACAUUGCGCGGGCGCUAACGACACCAAACCUCGACAUGGCAGUACCAGAGGGCACGCUGACACCUCCGCUGGCAGAGCGCAUUUCGAAACUGACAUGCGUGGAGACGUCGCACGCAUUGCUGCACCGGGAUGAGGAGAUGCCAUUCAAUAAAGAGAUUGAUAUUACUCGCGACGUGAUCCCAGAUUUGGAGUCCCUGCCGUACCAGCCGAACACGUUUGAUGCUGUGUUAUCGUCACUUUCUAUUCACUGGGUCAAUGAUCUACCCGCGUUGCUUAAUCAGAUCAACACUAUUCUCAAGCCGGACAGCCCGUUCAUUGCGGCUAUGUUUGGUGGUGACACCCUCUACGAGCUGCGUGGAUCGCUGCAGCUGGCAGAUAUGGAGCGCCGUGGCGGUGUGUCACCACACAUCUCGCCGUUGGCUGAUGUGAAGGAUGUGGGCAGUCUCUUGAACCGUGCUGGGUUUAAGAUGCUUACCGUCGACGUCGAGGACAUCGUCGUGGAAUUCCCAGAUACCUUUGCUCUGAUGCAGGAUCUGCAGGCCAUGGGCGAGAGCAAUGCUAUCUUGCACCGUGAAGCUGGUCCUUUAUCUCGCGAGGUAUUGCUGGCCAACGAGGCCAUCUACCGGUCCUUGCAUAUGGAGGAGGGUGCUCCCGGCAUCCCUGCAACAUUCCGGAUGAUCUAUAUGAUCGGAUGGAAGGAAGACAAAAACCAGCCGCAGCCAUUACAGCGUGGAAGCGGUGAUGUCAACCUGAAGGAUAUCUUGGGCGGGGGUGACUUCGAGAAGCCAUAA